CCAUGAUGCUUGUUUGCUUUCAAUGAGUGUGAGGAGGAGGCGGGGGGGAGCUGCUCUCCCGUCCGGCCCGCGGCAGGAAACAAAGAGCCAGGCAGGCGGCGGAGCGAGGGCGGCGGGGGGACGGGGAUGCUGCAGCCACAGGAAUGCCCAAGGAAAAGUACGAUCCACCUGAUCCACGGAGGAUGUACACAAUUAUGUCCUCAGAGGAAGCAGCCAAUGGAAAGAAAUCACACUGGGCAGAGUUGGAAAUAAGUGGGAAAGUGAGAAGCUUAAGUUCGUCGUUGUGGACACUGACCCAUCUGACAGCUUUGCAUCUCAGUGACAAUUCCUUAUCCCGAAUUCCUUCAGACAUUGCCAAGCUUCACAAUCUGGUAUAUCUGGACCUGUCCUCUAAUAAGAUCCGCAGUUUACCAGCAGAGCUCGGAAACAUGGUGUCACUCAGGGAACUACAUUUAAAUAACAACCUGUUACGAGUUUUACCUUUUGAGCUGGGAAAACUGUUCCAGUUACAGACUUUGGGUCUGAAAGGAAAUCCACUCACACAGGACAUUCUGAACCUUUAUCAGGAACCAGACGGGACACGAAGGCUACUGAACUAUUUGCUUGAUAAUUUGGCAGGUACUGCAAAAAGAAUUUCUACAGAACAGCCACCUCCAAGAUCUUGGAUUAUGUUGCAAGAACCAGACCGUACAAGACCAACAGCCUUGUUCUCUGUCAUGUGUUACAACGUGCUCUGCGAUAAAUACGCCACCCGGCAGCUCUAUGGCUACUGCCCGUCCUGGGCACUCAACUGGGAAUACAGAAAGAAAGCCAUUAUGCAGGAAAUCCUCAGCUGCAAUGCUGACAUCAUAAGCCUCCAGGAGGUGGAAACGGAGCAGUACUACAGUUUUUUCCUGGUGGAAUUGAAAGAACGUGGCUACAACGGGUUCUUCAGUCCAAAAUCUAGAGCUAGGACAAUGUCAGAACAGGAAAGAAAACAUGUUGAUGGUUGUGCAAUAUUUUUCAAAACAGAAAAAUUUACUUUGGUUCAAAAACAUACUGUUGAGUUCAAUCAACUAGCUAUGGCAAACUCUGAAGGGUCAGAAGCGAUGCUGAACAGAGUGAUGACAAAAGAUAACAUUGGAGUCGCCGUGUUGUUAGAGCUGCGAAAGGAGCUGAUAGAAAUGUCAUCUGGAAAGCCACAUCUUGGGAUGGAAAAGCAGCUAGUCCUUGUAGCUAAUGCACAUAUGCAUUGGGACCCAGAUUACUCUGAUGUGAAGCUGGUUCAGACUAUGAUGUUCCUGUCAGAGGUAAAGAACAUCAUUGAUAAAGCUUCUCGUAGUCUCAAACCUGGUGUGUCAGGAGAACUUGGAACCAUUCCACUUGUACUGUGUGCAGAUCUCAAUUCUCUACCAGACUCUGGUGUUGUUGAGUACUUGAGCACUGGUGGGGUGGAAACAAACCACAAAGAUUUUAAGGAACUGAGAUACAAUGAAAGUCUUACAAACUUCAGCUGCAAUGGGAAAAAUGGAACAACAAAUGGAAGGAUUACACACGGUUUCAAGUUGAAGAGUGCCUAUGAGAAUGGUCUAAUGCCUUAUACCAAUUACACAUUUGACUUCAAGGGUAUUAUUGACUACAUCUUCUACUCUAAACCUCAGCUAAACAUACUUGGCAUUCUUGGACCUUUGGAUCAUCAUUGGUUAAUAGAGAACAAUAUAAGUGGUUGUCCACAUCCACUCAUCCCUUCUGACCACUUCUCACUUUUUGCACAACUGGAGCUUUUGCUGCCUUUCCUGCCUCCUGUAAAUGGAAUCCAUCUCCCUGGCAGGAGGUAGUCAAGUACAUUUUUAGAGGGCAACCUCAAUUUAACUUGUACAAUUGUAAAAUCUGAAUAUAGAGGAGUGAGGUAUGGCCAACAGGGAUUGUUAUUUUGUUUUGUUCUUUUGUUUGUUUUGUUUUCUUAAUAAUCUUAAUCUUAAAUCUAAUUAUUUGCUAAAGACAUAGUAAAAGCCAGGUGCUAUCAACAGACACAAUUCUGAGCCCAACAUCCUUUGUAUAGCGAUUUAAUAGCUUACAGUUCAACCUUCCUCUCUUUUCUUUUUCUCCAACCUGACAUUUGGGGUUUGUUUUUUUCCAUGCCUUGAAAAUAGGGAAUUGUUAUACAGGAUAUUCUCUUUGCACAGUUAUCUGUAGCACUACUUCUUUUGAGGCCAGUAGGAACAUCCACAGAACAUUCUUUUGUUUCCCCCUUCUCCACCCCCACCCUGUACUUCACUCCUUCCUUUUUCAGACUUGUUUGUAAAAAAAAAAUAAAUAAAACAAAAUUAAAAAAAAAAAAGAAAAAAAAAGAAGAAAAAGGAAAAAAAAAAGGAAGAAAAAAAAAAGAGGAAAAAGUAUAGAAUUUGAAUUUAGCCUUUAUUGAUUGUAUAUGAACAACAGGAAAAAAACAAAAACCAAACCUGAUUUAUGAGAUUUUGUACUUAAAAGGAAGAAAAAAAAAAAAAAAAAGGAAAAAAAAAUCAUCAUAUUUGGAAAAAAAAUGAUUGUAUUGUAAACUUUAAGGCUAAAUUUUUAUCUGUUUUCAUGUGUUACAAAAAGGCCAGCUUGUAAAAGAGGUUGUCACAGGUUUUCUCUGCUAACGAUUUGCACUGUUAGGGUUUCCUUAGCCCUUCUCUACGACUUUAUGUUCAACCCAGAGCGUUGCUGUUAAAAUCCAAGCUUCUACAAUCUUAAUAUCCUACAGAGAUACAAUCUUCGUGUCCUCCAGAGGGAACUAAAUGCAUCCUGUCUGGCUCUGAUUUCUUUUAGAGCUAAGAGCAAAACGGAGUUCUUGCAGAACAGAUAAGCUAAGCAGUGACUCUAUAACGGCCCCAAAACGAUUGCCGCUGUGUAGUGUAUACAGCUCCAAACGUUUUGCCCCAUCUCUAACUUCCAAAGUGAAACGUUUCCCAUCUCUAACUUUGGAAGUGAAAUGUGUACAGCGACUUCAUUUCUCUUUCAAAUCUCUGUCCUCUCUCCACUGUGCCUGCUUCAAUUUGUUCUCAACUUAGCACUGCCUGUGCAUGCAGAGAGAUCCUGUGCAUCCUCUUUUCGUUUUUUUAACCGAUGUUAACACUUGUGGAAGAUUUUAUGAAGCUACUUUUGUAUAAGCUGUGGCAUCUCUUGUGGGGCUUAUUUUUUUUCUUUCUUUUUUUUUUUUUUUUUUUUUUUUUGACUCUCACACUUUUGGGAACAUGUUCAGGUUAUGGGUACACAGUUUCUAGCUUCGUGCACUGCUUCCUUCGGUGUCAUUGCACAGUGCCGUCUUUUCCCCACUAAGAAUCGCUAUCAUGUGAGUUCUCUUGAAGUGUGUUCCUUGGUUUCAGAAAGUGUAAGUCCUUGAAGAAAAAGAAAACAAAGCAAAACACAAUCCUGCAUUAUAUAUAUAUUUUUUUUCCUCCUUCUUUUUUAUUGAUGAAGCAGUGUAAAAAUAAAUGCAUUUUCAAUACAGGUCCCAAAGACAAUUCUUCAGAUCUAGAAGUGUUAAGAGUGUACCCUCAGUGCCAUUUGUGUCGUGAAGCCAAGUACCUAACAACUUACAAAUCUAUUUGUUAGCCUAAAAAAGGGGAGAAUUUAUCAUCUCCUUAAACUAAUACAACUUGAAUAAUCAAUGUAAAGAGUUUUAAAAACAGAGACAGCUUGGUCUUAAAACAGCUUUUGUUUCAGCUGCGGGCAGGGAAGCAAAAGGACACUGAGCAUUAAGGUGAUAAAUUUCUAAGUAUUGUGAAUUUUUAUAUAUAUAAGAGAAAUGGAUUGGUAAUAAUGCUUCAAAUUUUUUAUUGAGGAGUCAUCAGCACACACCAACCUGCUCCAACUGGUCUGCUUUAGGGCUGGAAGAAGCGAGGAGCAGCUGGGAUGUGGCAAAUGUACAGGUUUUAAGAUUUCACUAGGAGAAGUUUUGAUCUCGAAUCCUUGUCUGGGACCUGAUCUCUUGGGGUUGCUUCGGUUUGGUUUGAGUUGUGACAACACCAAACGUGUCCAGUUCAUAAUCAGUACCUUGAAACUCUGGUUAGUGUUGCUGUAGUAGACUUUAAUGAGUAGUGUUAAUUUUUUUUCUGUUUGGUUCUUUUUUUGUUCCCUUGAGGUUUAAUUUUUUUCUCUUGUAAAGUGUGAAUAAAAGGUGUUUUACUCCUGUUUCCUUAAUGAUGUCUCGGUAAUGUACAUCAUGGCAAUUUCCAGUGCUGAUGAGCCACUUGAGCCUGUCAGACCGAGCAAAAGUUGUCUGUUUUGGUUUAUUUUUUAAUCUCAGUUUUUUUGGUUGUUGUUUUCUGAUGAUCUGGAUUGUGUAACGAGUCCAGAAAGCUUUACGGAAGGGGAAGGGAAGCACUUAACUCAUUUUGUAUUUCUUAGAGGGGGAUCAUUUACUUUUAAUAGAUGCUGGAGCUUGAGUGCACUUGUUAGAUUCUAAAAGGUUUGAGCUUUAUCCAGUAUGUGUUCUCCUGUGUUGCUUAGUCUUAAAACCCAUUGGAAUUGAUGACAGCAUGUGGAAGUGUGGCCCCUUGUGCUUUUGGAGACACAACCGUUCCUGCUCGGUCACCUCACAGGCUAAGGGUGCGUCUUUAAUAUCGGUUCCCUCCAGCUUUUCUUCUAGUCCAUCAUAUCCCAAUUGAAAACCCACUGAACACAUUGAAGACACUCCUUUGACUUCACUGGGUUUUAACUGGACUGCAGCAGCUAUGGCUUGGGGGCUGAAGGGGGUGGAGAAAUAUUCUGAGUAUUAGGGAAGGCCCAGAUGGCACCGAAACAGAGCUGAGAGAAACUUUACUCACGCCACCUCUCCGAGAAAAUACCUUCCUGUGUCAAAACCAGAUCUAACUCUGAGGUCUCAAUUUCCAGCUCUAAGAUAGAACAAGGCAAUAAACUUGUGUCUUCACAAAAAUCCAAACCUCUGCUUCAUAGUUUUUGAUGUCCAAGUGGUUCUUUGCAAGGCUUUUUUUUUUUUUACCCGAGGUGGGUUUGGGUGUUUGCCAUAACAUAACCUUCAGUGUUCUUGUUGUAAAAGCACACCUAGCAAAAGUCACAGCCCAGCCCUUGGGGUUGAGAGGUUUUAUUUAGGUUAGGCCAAGCUUUCACUUCGAGUACAGUCAGCCAUAUCUUGUCUAGUUUUGAUUUACCUUUACCAAGAGUUUUGGGUGUCAAAGUGUCAAUGGAACUACACCUUUAACUAAGAAGGAUUGAUUAGAGUACAAGACUAACACCACGACUUACUGCUUUUAACACAGCCUGAGUAGGGAGGGGAAAGAGCAUAUGUGAGCUGGGGUGUGUUGUAAUUAUUUUGGGCUUUUAGCAGCCUUUUGGUCUUCAAAAAAAAAAACCAACAACAAAAAGGGUCAAAUUUGGCUGGCAUUUGACCAAACGUUGCAUGAAUGCAUCUUUGUAACUUUAUCCAAUCUCUCAAGUGGCUUUUGGGGUUGGUUGGUUAUUUUUUUUAUUGAAGGCAGACUUUGACAAUAGCUUCGAGUUGUUUGUUUGGGUGUUUGGUUGUGUUGUUUUUUUCCCCACCACACAAACCUGUACAAAAGACAAAAUAAUUACAGCACUGUUGGGGAGGAAAAUAGGAAAGCAAACUUAAUUACACUGUAAACCUUUAAACCAUUCAGUUAACUGCUUUUUUUUUGUAGCAAGCCUUUUCUCAUCCAGCCAGACACAGUAUUUUUUAGUAUGUUAACUCCUUUUAUUUUCUUUUUGGUUGCAUAAAUUUGUAACACUUAAGUGUCUUUGGUAUGUUUAAGUAGUGUCUAAAAUAGAAUAUCUUAGUCUUUAUUCACAGUACUUCUGUAUAAUGUGUAAUGCACUGGACUAACUCUUGUUUACCAUUCAUGUAACACAAAAACCAGCACAUUAUCUGCACUAAGCUCAAAGAAUGUUGCAUUUGUCUAUAGGCAGCUCUUCAACAAGAUCAAUGGGAAACUGAAUAUGGUCUGAUGGUAAACAAGGGCUUUUACUGUUCUCUUCAGUGGAACUUUCUUCUUGGUCAAAUUUUAACUAGUUAGUAUUAUAUUUAUAUAUACAGGGUCUUCUUUUUUCUUUACCAAUGUAUUUUCCUACUCAUAGCUGACCAAUAAAUCCAAUAUCUGUUUCAAA